UUUGGAGCGCUUCCCAAUCGGUCCUCCGGGACUCAGCAUUGCAUGCGCGGCGCACGUGUUAUCGCCGUCCUUCGUACGAUCGUGUCGAGCUUCCUAAAAUUCGGACCCUCUGAAAUUCAUGACCCCAAUCUCUCAUUUUCUCCGAUCGCUCCGACUUCGUAACUCGCGCUGCAAUCGCCGGAAAGCCGCCGCGCCACCUCUGCGAUACAGUCUUUCUGCUUCAUUCAACUUUCUCCGGACGGCGGGAAGAUGCCGCGAAUCGAUGAUCGGCGGUGAGAGUGAUCUCUUCUUCGAUCGACGUUUAGGGUUUCAUUUACCUGUCGUAGUAUUAUGCGGCGGUGACGAUCUCGUGGGGACGGGGGUUCUAGGGUUUUUGUAUGGUAAAUAUGAUCAAACAGAUAUUCGGCAAGCUCCCGCGCAAACCCUCUUCCAAAUCGUCCUCUAGCGACUCCCUUUCCGACGGAGUGAUCGGCAGAUCUGCGCCGGGUAGGAAGGACGGUUUCAUUGGCUCCGCUGCCGCGCCGCAGUCUGGGCUAGUCAACGGUGUUGUGGUUCUAGCGGCGUCGUACGAGCCCCUCCCAAGCUUUCGAGACGUGCCCAGCUCCGAGAAACCUUUUCUGUUUCUACGGAAGCUGGGCAUGUGUUCCGUGGUGUUUGACUUCUCUGACCCUACGAAGAACUCGCGGGAGAAGGAGGUGAAGCGACAGAUGCUGCUUGAGCUCGUGGAUUAUGUUUCUACUGCCACGAAUAAGUUUAGUGAGGCGGCGAUGCAGGAUGCCACGAAGAUGGUGGCCGCCAAUAUUUUUAGAACGUUGUCCUAUUCCACUGGCGGUGAGGGAAUUAAGGUUGUAGAGGGCGUCGAAGCGGAGGAGGACGAGCCGGCAAUGGAACCUGCCUGGCCCCAUCUCCAGAUCGUUUAUGAAUUCUUCCUCAGGUUCGUAGCUUCGUCGGAGACCGAUGCGAAGAUUGCAAAGCGCUAUGUUGAUCAUUCCUUUAUACUCCGCCUGCUGGAUCUAUGCGACUCCGAGGAUCCAAGGGAGAGAGAGUACUUGAAGACAAUUCUCCAUCGGCUUUAUGGGAAGUUCAUGGUUCACCGGCCUUUUAUUAGAAAGGCUAUCAACAACAUUUUCUACCGAUUUAUAUUCGAGACGGAGAAGCACAAUGGGAUUGCGGAGCUACUUGAGAUUCUAGGCAGUAUUAUCAAUGGGUUUGCGCUGCCUCUAAAGGAGGAGCACAAAUUGUUCCUUGUUCGGGCGUUGAUUCCACUCCAUAAGCCUAAGUGUCUUGCGCUUUACCACCAACAGCUGUCCUACUGCAUUACACAGUUUGUGGAGAAGGACAACAAGCUAGCCGACACGGUCAUUAGGGGGCUCUUGAAGUAUUGGCCCCUUACCAAUAGCUCAAAAGAGGUUAUGUUCCUUGGGGAGCUGGAGGAGAUUCUUGAGUUCACACAGGAGCCUGAAUUUCAGAGGUGCAUGGUGCCUCUCUUCCAACAGGUUGCUAGGUGCCUUAAAAGCUCACAUUUUCAGGUAGCUGAGCGAUCAUUAUUUCUUUGGAACAAUGACCAUUUAAGAAACCUAAUCACCCAGAACCGGAAAGUCAUUCUUCCUCUGAUCUUCCCCGCCCUGGAGAAGAACAUGAGAGGCCACUGGAACCAGGCUGUCCAAGGCCUAACCCUCAAUGUUCGAAAGCUCUUCUUAGACUCUGACCAAGACUUCUUCAACCAGUGUUCCGUCAAAUUCCAAGAGAAUGAAGCGAAGGAGAUGGAGUCACAGGCAAAGCGCGAAUUGCUCUGGAAGCGGCUUGAGGACAUCGCUGCAUCGAAAGCCGUCAGCAAUGAGGCUGUACUAGUUUCGCGCAAAGUCUCUUCGCUCAGCAUGACGGCCUUCAGCCCUCGAGCGACAGUCGGUUCUUGAUUCCGCCAUUUCGAUACAUCUGAGAAACGAUUCUUGAUGCGCCGAUGGUAAGGUGGGAGGUGGUUUUUAUGAGGCUUCUCAUGCUGUUUUUUGGUAUCCUUUUAAGACAUGAGAAAUGCAGUUUGUGUGUAUAAUAAUUUAGAAAAUUGUUAUAGAUUUGGAUGGUGCUUUGUGGUCAUAUUAUUUAAAUUAUUUAUAUACCAGCAGUAGAAUUUUGGUCGAUCCUGACUUGUUGCCACAGAUCUAAUCUCAUUUUGUGCUGUACAUUUAAGUGCUAAAUAUUGGCUUUUUUUCUUU